CUCCCCGGAGACCGGACGGCCGGGUGGAAGGACGACGUGGGACGAGGAAGCCGUCAACUGGCCUUCUCGGUCAGCCGGGAGGAGGGCUGCCGCACGGCUGCUGGGAUUGGUUUCCUCCGCCGGCACUCCGGGCCGGGAACCCGUGGGCGGCGCGGCGGGCUGCGGGCGGACGGGUAGGGGUCCACCUCCCCGGGAAAAGCGCACGCCCUGCACGCCCCCGAGAAGUCGGCCCGCCACUGUCGCUGAGUGAUUGCGUCUUGGAGUGCGGAAACCACCUUUGCAUACCUCCCCGACUUCUGGACACAACUGCCGUGACGUCUUAGCUCCGCAGAGUUCUCAGGACCUCAUGGAUCGCAGAGGGACCAAGAGAAAAGUGGAAAACGUAGAGGUAGCUGAGCCUCGGAACAAACUCCCCAGCCCAGCACCCUCAAUGCCCACAGACCCUGCCCUCUACUCUGGGCCCUUCCCUUUCUACCGCCGCCCAUCCGAACUGGGCUGCUUCUCCCUGGAUGCACAACGCCAGUACCAUGGAGAUGCUCAAGCCUUGCGCUACUACAGCCCACCCCCUACCAAUGGUCAAGGCCCCAACUUUGACCUCAGAGAUGGAUACCCUGAUCGAUACCAGCCCAGGGACGAGGAGAUCCGAGAGGGGCUGGAUCACCUGCUACGCUGGCUUCUGGAUCACCGAGGCCAGCUGGAGGGGGGUCCAGGCUGGCUGGCAGGGGCCAUAGUGACAUGGCGAGGGCACCUGACAAAAUUGCUAACCACACCGUAUGAGCGGCAGGAGGGCUGGCAGCUGGCGGCCUCCCGCUUCCAGGGGACACUGUACCUGAGUGAGGUAGAGACGCCGGCAGCUCGGGCCCAGCGGCUUGCCCGGCCACCCCUUCUCCGCGAGCUUAUGUACAUGGGGUACAAGUUUGAGCAGUACAUGUGUGCAGACAAACCUGGAAGCUCCCCGGACCCUUCUGGUGAGGUUAACACCAACGUGGCCUUCUGCUCUGUGCUACGCAGCCGCCUGGGAAACCACCCUCUGCUCUUCUCAGGGGAGGUAGACUGCACAGACCCCCAGGCCCCAUCCACACAGCCCCCCACUUGCUAUGUGGAGCUCAAGACCUCCAAAGAGAUGCACAGCCCGGGCCAAUGGAGGAGCUUCUACAGACAUAAGCUCCUGAAAUGGUGGGCUCAGUCAUUCCUUCUGGGGGUCCCAAACGUCGUUGCUGGCUUCCGUAACCCAGAGGGUUUCAUCCGUUCCCUCAAGACCUUCCCUACCAUGGAGAUGUUCGAAUAUGUCAGGAAUGACCGUGAUGGCUGGAAUCCCUCCGUGUGCAUGAACUUCUGUGCUGCCUUCCUUAGCUUUGCCCAGAACACAGUUGUCCAAGAUGAUCCCAGGCUCGUCCAUCUCUUCUCCUGGGAGCCUGGCAGCCCAAUCACAGUGUCUAAACAUCGAGAUGCACCCUAUGCAUUCCUGCCCACGUGGUAUGUGGAGGCCGUGUCCCAGGACCUCCCAUCACCCCCCAAGACACCUUCCCCCAAGGUCUGAGACUUCAGAGGGGCUGGUCCUAUCUCCAUGUGCACAGAUAAAAGCCUGUUUCUUAAGUGGC